AUGAUGAAACACACCAGGGUCGAAAUUGGCCAAACAACAGCUAGGCCGAAAUUCCACAAGCGUCCCACAGGAUUUUGGGGUGGACCAGGGGCUUGGAGAAGGCAAGGAAGAAAAAGAAAACUUGGCCAGGGAAGCAAGGUGAUAGGCAGGGCUAUUUAUAGAGCCAACUCGAAACCGUUUCAAGGCGACUUUUCACUGUUCCAUGGGCCGGCUGGUGACAGCUUUCAUGGCAGAGCAGCCUGGCAGCAAGAGAAAAGAGGAAGAGACCACACGAGGCGACGGUGCAGAUGGAUAUCAGCGACCAGACAGCCGCGAAGACGUGCAGAGUUGGUGGUUGAAAUUGAAACUGACGUCGAGCGGAAGGAAAAUAAAAGGAGGCUCGUAGUCACAUGA